AUGUCGACUUCGCCGCCGCCGCAGCGAAGCCGGGCGGCGUCUCCAGAGGGCGGGCUCUCCCGGAAGCGCUCACAAUUUACGUAUCGCAACUUAGGCCAAAUGGCGUCGUACAUCCCGUCCUGCCCGCUUAGAGUCAUCGCCCAUAUCGACCUCGACUGCUUCUACGCACAGGCGGAAAUGGUGCGACUUGGUGUGCCAGAGGACCAGCCACUCGCGGUACAGCAAUGGUGGGUGGGCUCUUUUCCUUCUCUUUCUCUGGCUUGUCUACCUACUUUCUAUCACAUCUCCGACGGAGAACUGACGAUUGACGGCGCAAAGGCAAGGGCUCAUUGCUGUGAACUAUCCAGCCCGUGCCUUUGGAAUUGGUCGGAUGUGGCUUACCGGGAUGAUUCCGCGGAGAAAAUUGGUACGGACAAGGUGUCGCUUGACCCAUACCGCCUCGAAUCGAGACGGAUCUUUGCCGUGAUCAAGCAGCACCUCCCUUCGCAUCUGCAGAAGAUGGAGAAGGCCGGGAUUGACGAAUUGUUUCUCGACCUUUCCGCCCACGUUCAUGCCGUGCUGCUCGAACGCUUCCCCGAACUGGCCGCGGGUCCCCCGGGCGGAGACUUGCUCGAGCGGCUCCCUAUGCCCCCUGUUUCUGCAUUCGAUUGGCAAGCUGAUGCUCUUAUCGACCUGGAUGACGAACAUGCCGAAUUCGACGACCCGGACUGGGACGACGUGGCCUUACAUGCUGCAUCCGAGAUCGUGCGUAAUAUUCGGGCUGCCGUCCGGGAUGAGCUCCGGUACACAUGCGCCGCGGGCAUCUCCAAGAACAAACUUCUCAGCAAGCUUGGUUCUGCUCACAAAAAGCCCAAUCAGCAGACCGUAAUACGGAGCCGGGCUACGCAGCGGUUCCUGUCGGGAAUCAAGUUUACCAAGUUCCGGAAUUUGGGCGGCAAGUUGGGGGAACAGGUUAGCCAAACUUUCAACACGGAAUCCGUUCAGGAGCUGCUCGCGGUUCCGGUUGAACAACUGCAACAAAAGUUUGGCGAUGACACCGGCGUCUGGGUUUACAACACAUUGCGCGGGAUCGACGCGAGCGAGGUGAACUCGCGAACCCAAAUCAAAUCUAUGCUCUCGGCAAAGUCUUUCAGACCCGGUAUCAGCACCGUGGAGCAAGCCAUGAGAUGGCUCAAGAUUUUCGUUGCCGACAUCUUCGCUCGGUUAGUGGAGGAAGGUGUUUUGGAGAACAAACGCCGGCCCAAAACGAUCAACUUGCACCACCGACAUGAUAGCCAGACACGCUCGCGCCAGAGCCCCAUACCCCUGGGACGUUCCCUUGACGAGUCAACUCUGUUUGGCCUCGCCCAGCACCUUCUGAAUCAAAUUGUGCAAGACGGCCAGGUGUGGCCAUGCUCUCAUCUCAGCCUUAGCGUGGGCGGCUUUGAGGACGGCAUCUCGGGAAAUAUGGGAAUAGACGGAUUUCUUUUGAAGGGAGAAGCAGCCCAAGCUCUGAAUCUUGGCGUUCGUGUUCGCUCGGGCUCUCCGGAUAACUCUGGACUACCGCAGCUUGGAGAGAAGCGACGGCGACUAGACGAGGGCGGCAUCCAACGUUUCUUUACGAAGGAUAUUACUCCGCCAUCGGUGCGAGCGCCGAAGGGUGGGAGAGAAGGAGCUGCUGAUAAUGGGCACGACUCCGCAACGACCCCAGAUCAGGAACUGCUGGCCCAGACCAAUGAUGAAGACCUUGCUGUCCAUGGGAGCGACCCCUGCGAGCGGUGCGGCGUGGUUCUGGAGAACGGAGAAGCACUCCAGAACCACCAGGACUGGCACUUUGCCAAAGAUCUCCAGGAGAGCGAACGUGGCACGACGGUAUUUGGCAACCAGCCAUCUGCCGCUGCAAGAAACCCGCCGUCCGGCGCUCGGAAGGCCGGACCUGCAGCAAAACGACCAGGGCGGCCAAAAAAGACAGAACGCGGCCAGCAGAAGUUGAGCUUCGGUUGA